CGUAAUGGCGUAAAAAUCGCGACAAACGUUAGCCUGACGAAAAUAUUCUCCGUUUUUCAUAUUUUUCGCUAUGAAUGAUUAAAAAAGUAAUCAAUUAAAUAAACAUUUAUUCAAUAACGGUAUUUAAAAAAAUUAAAAUUUUUCUUCUUAAUAUUAUUGUUUUCUAAAAAAUACAUUGAUAGAUUCAAUUUCAUCGUUUGUGUUACUUGAGCUUCCGACAUUUUAUUUUUCAUACCGUUCUCAUACCUCGGAUAGGCAUCAAAUACUUUUCAACUACUAAAUCAACUUUUUCACGUUUAAUUGUCUUUCAAUUAUUCUCACAUAUUCAUUAAUUAUUAUAAUGAUUGAAUUCCUGGUUGACCAAUAAUUCGGAUAAAAAUAAAUCAUGGAUUAGGUAUAUUCGGUGAUCAGAGUUUAAUGACAAAGACACAUAAUAAAAAUACUAAAAUAAAUAAAAAUUAAAAAAGAAGUUAUUUGAUUUAUUGGCAAAUGAAAAUGAAAAAUGUUUAUCAAUAUGAAACCCAGGCAUGCAUAUAUUUUAUAUGUUCGUUUCCAUCACAUAACUUUCUGAUGUAGUGCUGCAUCUACAUAUUUGUUGAAUAUUCUGGCUUCAUCGCAACGUAUAUUUUCGUGGCUAAUAACAUCAACAAAUCAAGAAAGAAGAAAACUUGAAGUUCAAAUUGUUGUUAAGAUUUCACAUUGUGUAGCUCAUCAACAAAAAAAUCCAAAACCAUUGAAAUAAAACUUCAGUUUAAAUAUUAAAAUAUUGAUAUUAAUACUAUUAACAGUAAUAGUAAUAAAAAUAAAACAGUAAUAUUUUUAAAAAAAAAAAGAAUAAAAUAAACGAGAACAAUGAGUGUUAUCAUAAGACUUCAAAAUUUGGCGUGGUCCGCGAAUGCGCUGGAUAUUCGUCAAUUCUUCCGCGGCCUCAGCAUUCCCGAAGGUGGCGUUCACAUUGUUGGUGGUGAAUUAGGCGAUGCUUUUAUAGCCUUCAGCACGGAUGAAGACGCUCGUCAGGCGAUGAUGCAUGAUGGUGGCAAAAUAAAAGAAAUGAAAAUAAAAUUGUUGUUAAGUUCUCGUACUGAAAUGCAAAAAGUUAUUGAAACGGCGCGUCAGCAGACAUUAUCACUUCAGUCGUUUAUGCAAACUUCAGCUGUUGGAGUAUCAUCUUCAUCACAGGUAGUCGCUGCUCAGCAGGUGUUGCAUCAACAACAGCAAUCGCAACAACAACAACAGCAUAGAUUAUCAUCACCAGUAUUUGACUCAAAAACAACUGUGCCUAAGAGAGACAGAGAUCGGGACACUGAUAAUGACUCUAGUAGUAAUAAAGAUAGGAAAGAAAGGCGAAAUCGUUCUAGGUCUCGUUCUCGCGGAAGAGAUCGUAGUAGUGGUGGAGGUGGAAGAGAUUAUCGAAGACGUCGAGAUCGUUCAAGAUCUCGAAAUCGCGAUCGUGAUCGUCGUGAUCGUGGUAGACGUAAUAGAAGGGAUUACUCUAGAUCACGAUCAAGAUCUAGAGAUCGUGAUGGAAGUAAAAGAAGUUUAGGGACUGAUCGUCGAAAGGAUUCACAGCAUGAUAAUGACAAUGAUAGUAGUGAUGUUGUAUGUGUUGGUCAAUUCUCUAAAGACAAGGUUACUAUGCCAGGUAUAAAAAAUAUUAAAGUAAAUUCAGGUCUUGAAAAUGGCAUUUGGGAAAUUCCACCUCAAACGCAGAUGCAACAAGCGGCGGCCAUGAUGAUUGCUCCAGGCAUUCUUGGUGCUGGAUUAACAGCUGCAAUAUCACAAAACUCUGAAUCUCGAUCUAUCAUGAGAUUUGGAGGUAAUAAUGCUGCUGCAGUUCAACCCACUCCUCUUCUACAGUCUAAUUUUUCUCUUAAUAAUUUAAACAAUGGAUUACAACCCCACAAUAUCAAUCCUCUCUUAAACUCUAUAUCUUCAGCAAAUUUGACUAAUAAUUUGGGAAUUUCACCUAUUAAUCUUGGAUCUUUACCUACCAGACAGAAUUGGUCAACUGGUGGAAGUAUUGGCGGUAGUAGUAAUACUGGAGUUGGUGUCACCAAUAGUGGUAAUAACAAUAAUGACCAUUCAGCUUCUCGUAUAAAUUCUGAUGCAAGGUUUCCAUCACGUACUGGUGUUUUUUUGAGCUCUGAUAUGAAUGUUGGUUUUAAUUCAAAUUCACCUUAUCGAUCAAAUCCCAGAUUUAAUAAUCAAUUACCAAUAAAUAAUAAAACACAGGAGUUUGAUUUACGGCGAAAUAUUCAUUCAUCUUUUCAAUCAACAUCUACAGGAAAUCAUAACUUAAAUAGUAACUCGGAUCAUUCAAAAACUUUACCAUCUAGAUGUUACUCUAGUAAUAGUAAUAAUAAUAAUAAACAAAAUAAUAUUGACAGACAUAUAAAUACUCAGACAAUUGAGGGAGAUAAGAAUUCUGGUUAUUGUAUUGAAGUACGAAAUAUGCCUUUAAAUGCGACUUACGGUGAUGUACGUCAUGCUUUUCAAGGUAUUUAUAUUAAAAAAGAUGGUAUUAAGUUGAUUAAUGAUACUCAUGGUAAUAGAGUUGGGAUUGCAUACAUAAAAUUUAGCAAAAUUGAUGGUAAAGAAUUGGCCUUGAGUGUUCCCCGUUAUGUUAGAGGUUCAGAAGUUGAAGUUUGUCCACUUGAAGAUAGUAUCUUUGACAAAGCUGUGGAUUCUUACAUUCCUAUUGAGCAGAAUCGUGGAAAUGAUCGAACAGUAGCAAGUGAUCUUGGUGAAGAAGGUUUAAGAUCUGAUGAUAUUAAUGAAGAUUCACAACAUUCUCUUUCUAAACCCAGUUCUUGUAUUUUAAUUGCUGAUCUUCCAUCAUUUACUAAAGAAAUGGAUAUUGCGAAACUAUUUCAAGAUUGGAAAAUAAAUGAUUUAUUUAUAAGUCAUAAUAAAAAUGAUGAUCGUAAUAAUGGAUAUGCAUGUAAAGCUUAUGUACAAUUUGAUAAAGUAGAAGAUGCAUUAGCAUCUACUAAAUUAAUGAAUUUAAAAAUUGGAUCUAAACCGAUAAUGGCUGUUACUAUUCCAGAAGAUAUCUUUAUACAAGAAAAAAAGAUUUACGAAGAAUCUUUAGAUAAUAAUUUAUCAUUAAACAAUAAAAUUCUUGAUGCUUGUAUAUCCAUGAAAGAUUUACCAUUUCAUACCAUUGAUCGAGAUGUAUUAGACUUUUUCUCUGAUAUUGGUAUUGUUCCAAAGAAAAUUCACAUCAUAUCUAAUAAGCAAGCAACACCAAUGCACUGCGAUGCGUUUUGCGAAUUUAAUACUCAUGAAGAAGCUGUUAGGGCAGUCACUAAAAAUGGGGUGCUCUUUGGUAAAAAUGUUUCAGUUAUUAAGUUUAUUUCUAGAAGUGAAAUGAUGGAUAUAUUAAAUAAUGAUCACUCUGAUCCAGAUAAAUUUGUCGAUUCUCAACAUAUGUUUUCAUCUUUACCAAACUUUCAUGAUCGAUCCAAGUUGUUCACACAAAUAGGUCAGAGUCAUCAUCAUAACAGUCAUCAUAAUCAUCAACAACAUCACCAUCAUCAACAACAACAUAACAAUAAUAAUAAUAAUAAUAAUAGUAACAACAAUAGUAAUCGUCAUCAACAGUAUCAUCCUUCUAACAUUCUUCCACCUCUUACUUCACUUCAUCAUCAUCACAUACCUCGAUUUGGAAAUAGUCCAUUUGGUGGAGGUAAUAGUGGUCCUCCACCAAGAGGUGGUUUACACGGUCUCAUGAAUUUUCCUAGACCUCCCUUGGGUAUUAUGAACACUAGUGGAAAUGGUAAUAAUAGUGGCAGUAAUAAUAAUACUAAUAAUAAUAAUAAUAAUAGAUCGUCUUCAAUCGAUCAUGUUGAAGGAUUUGGUAAACCCGGGUGUGUUUUAUCUCUUGAAAAUGUACCCUUUAAAGCAGAUAUCAAUGAAAUAAUUGACUUUUUCAGAGAUUUUGAUAUAAAACGAGAAAAUGUUAUUCGUAGAUACAAUGAUAGAGGAAUGCCAACCGGUGAUGCUAGAGUGGCAUUUCCAUCACCUAGUGAAGCUCAAAGAGCUUUAAGAGAAUUAAGAAAUCACAAAGUUCGUGAUCGAACAAUUUACAUGAAGCUUGUUUAAAUAUUAAUUACUAAAAAAUAAUUAUAAACGACAAAAUUUUCAUAAAUUUUUGUAAUGAUAACUCAAAAUAGUUAUUUUAUUUAGUAAAUAAGGUUAUUAAAAUGAUUAUUUUAUGAAAAUCACUUAACUUAGUAUUUAUGACUUGUAAAUAAGUAAAAUUUCAUAUAGCAGAAAAAUAUAGAAUACAUAUUUUAUUUCAUCCACAUUCUACAUAUAUAUUCCCUUAAAUGACAAAAAUGUA